AUGGGAAGCCAGUCUUUUCAAUGCAAACUUCAACUCCUCCUCCUCCCUCUAAUGCCUGUAACUCACAGCCGAGGCUGGGCAAGGAAUCCGGAGGGGAGAUUUUCCUCAUGCUCACGGUGGCUGGAGACUGGAAGAAAGAGUGUAAGGAAGGAGAACGGAGAUUUGUGGCGCUUUCUACCUACUACGAGACUGAAAAGGGGAGGGGGCACCUACAUUACAUCUUCUCUUCGUGAUUGGGAACUGCAGGUUCAGUAAGAUCCUACGGAGCUCUGGUGAUUGCUUAUUUAAAAAAAGAAAGAAAAAAAAAAAAUUGACCGCGGGAGAAGGAAGGCUCCGUCUUUGGCAGCCAGACCCAUCUCGGAGGUGGUAUUGGUGUGUGUGUGUGUGGUGGUGUUCUGCUUUUUUUCUUUCUUUCUUUCUUUUUUUGUUUCUUUCUUUCUUUUUCUUUUUCUUCUUUCUUUUUUCUUUCUUUUUUUUUUUUUUCUUCUCUCCUAGGGGCUACACAAUGGCAGUCUUAUCUCGCUAAGAUGAAUCCGGCUUGCCUUCUGCAGAUCCGCCCAUCCUCAGUUCCAUUGAGUAAAAGGCUAUGAUUUUCUCUUUAGGGAUCUUUUGUGCAUUACUGUUCUCCCUGGUUAGUUCUGGUCUCGGUUGGGAUUUCUUUGCUUUUUUUGGUUUGGCUUCAUGUGAAAACGGAUUUUUUUCUCUUCAACCCUUUGGUCAUGAUCCAGUGGUGAUCAAGAGGGGAUAAAUCAUUCACCCUGGCCGAGAAAAAACAAUCGGUGAGAAGUCGCAAAGAAAAAUACCACGUGAGGGGAAAAAACUGGGAGAAGAUACGGAAUAUUAACGUUUUUCCUAUGGUAAAACCGGUGCCCCUCUUCAGGAGAACUGAUUUCAAGUUAUUAUUAUGCAACCACAAGGGCCUCUUCUUUCUCAGGGUGUCUAAGCUGCUGGGUUGCUUUUCGCCCAAAUCAAUGUGGUUUCUUUGGAACAUUUUCAGCAAAGGAACGCAUAUGCUGCAGUGUCUUUGUGGCAAGAGUCUUAAGAAAAACAAGAACCCAACUGAUCCCCAGCUCAAGGGCAUAGUGACCAGGUUAUAUUGCAGACAAGGCUACUACUUGCAGAUGCACCCUGAUGGAGCUCUCGAUGGAACCAAGGAUGACAGCACCAAUUCCACACUGUUCAACCUCAUCCCAGUGGGACUGCGCGUUGUUGCCAUCCAGGGAGUGAAGACAGGGUUGUACAUAGCCAUGAAUGGAGAAGGUUACCUCUACCCAUCAGAACUUUUUACCCCUGAAUGCAAGUUUAAAGAGUCUGUUUUUGAAAACUAUUAUGUAAUCUACUCAUCCAUGCUGUACAGGCAACAGGAAUCUGGCAGAGCCUGGUUUUUGGGAUUAAAUAAGGAAGGGCAAGUUAUGAAAGGAAACAGAGUAAAGAAAACGAAACCAGCAGCUCAUUUUCUACCCAAGCCAUUGGAAGUUGCCAUGUACCGAGAACCAUCUCUGCAUGAUGUUGGUGAAACAGUCCCGAAAGCUGGGGUGACGCCAAGCAAAAGUACAAGCGCAUCUGCAGUAAUGAAUGGAGGCAAACCAGUCAGCAAGAGCAAGACCACAUAGCCAGAUCCUCCGGUGCCCUGACUUACUUGUCCAGAGCACAGUGCAGUGAUUUAUCUUUACUGGACAUUCCUGCUCCUGUUGCUGAAGAGCCCCAGCAAGCAAGCUGAUGCUUGUUCUAUUCUGCCUCAGACUUCCUUCAUUGCAAGCGGAUAAAUCUCAACCUGUGGUCCCCCCACACCAAGAAGACACCUGGACAAACCAGCUAAACUCAGACCAUGGAAUGCCCUACCAGAUAUGGAAUGCCUUUUUAAUAUCUUUUCUGUGACUGUGACACUUUGUGUGAAUGACACACUUCACAAGUACACUCAAUACCUUGCCUGCUGACAGCUACCCAUAAUCUUUUUUUGAGUCCUGUUUCAGCGAAAUCCAUGUGUUUAAUUUCAAUUUUGUAGCACACAAAUAAUACUGAAUAAUUUCUAGUUAGACGCUGUAAACCUGUGCUAUCAUGGAUUUCUCUUCUUUCCAUUUUUACAGGGCUGCUUGCUCCACUGUCUGUGACCUUUAGCAGGGAUUGUGUUCAUCUGAAUCUUCAAUGUUGCAGUUGGUUUACUUUGGAGAACAAUUAGGGAAUCAGGAAGCCUUCUAAAUCUAUUACUACAAAUCGUAUCUAUAAAGAUUAAGAUUGUUGUCUUUGGCUCACAUUACCGAUUAAACACACAUAUAUGCUCUGUCCAGUAGGAGACGCUGUGCUCCCAAGGUAGGCACUGCCUAGGUGGAACAAGGGUCAAACACUCCAUCAGAAGCUCUCCAUGACAGGUGUUUGGCAUUCCCUCUUAGUUUCUUCGUGUGUGUGUGUGUUUUAUACAUAUCACAAGCUUACUGGUAAUGGUAACAUUUGCCUUGCCCAGCGAGCAAGACCCACUUGGUUUUUGAGAAAGUGGGUCCAAAGAAUUCUGUAGGCCUUGUAGGCCUGAUUAAGGUUCAUUUUUUUUUUUCAUCUAUUAAUCCUCAUUAUUGGGAAAAAAGAACAAAAACCAAAUCAUUACAAUCUAUAAGAAUUAUGCUACCUAAAUCCAUUCCCUAGCCAUUCCUUCCUGUUUUUAAUGAAGAUAACUCAAUGCCACCCCAAGCUGGGCUGCAUUCCAGUUAUCCUCAGCCAAGCAUGGGCAAGGUGGCUGUUGUUUUCUUUUCUGCAGCAGCAAUGCACACAUUAGUAUAAAUUAGACUUUAAUAUUUUUGGUGUUCAAUGACAAGUUUUUAAACUGGACAUACGUGGGGAUUUUUUCCUUUCCUUUCCAUUCUUUUCUUUUCUCCUCCUCCUUCUCCUCCUUCUCCUCCUUCCUUAGCUCAGCAUGCUGGGUCUGGUACUGUGGGUGUCAUUAAUACACAUCUCUAUCUCAGCUCUGUGAUCCAGCAGGCUGGGUCAGAGAUGACUUGCCACGAUUUUAGAAUAUGGUUUGUUGAGUACCCUAAAUACAGCUCAAGACAACCUAACACUCCAGCAUUAGUGGUCCGGGCCAUUUUAUUCAUUUAAUUUUGUUCUUUUGCUUUCUUAACUUCAUCUUGAAUUGAAUUCUGUAGAGCUCCAAGUUUAGAGAUACUAAAAAAGUCUGUGAUUGCUGGAGACACAGUUUGAAGAUUCCAUACCAAAUGUUCAAUAUCAGAUAUAAAGAACUUCAAAAUGUUUAGUACUAAACUGUUUGGAAAUAUAUUUGUUAACUGUGUGUACACUUAAUAAAAUUCCGUGUUUUCUUCUCAGAAGAGUUCAUUAAGACCAAAUUGAGUUCCUUUUAUAGAAAACAAUUGAUGUGGUAUCAAUGUACUGGCCUGUUGUUAUUAUUUUUAUGUGGCAGGAUAACCCAGUUGCCAUUUACUUUCAUCUGCACUGUACUUGCUGGGAAAUUAUUUUCUCAUUGCUUUCAUGAAUCCCCAUGACAGCCCUUGCCCAGAGUAGAAAAGUUUUGGCCUGCUUAGCUAAUUAAAGAUUCAGUAUAAAUUUAACUGUUCAUGCUUAUUUCAUUUUCAUAUUAGAUUCCAUUUUAAUAAAUAAACAUUAUCAUAAGGUUUGAGUAAAUUUAUUGUUAAUAAUGUUAAAUUUCAAAUACAACAAAAUGAUUCCUUUAAUCACUCCCGAUUUGGUGUUACGCAUAAUUAGACAGAACUCAUUAACUGGUUAUUUAAGGAAGGCGUAAAUCCCAUAAUAUGUGGUAAAAUAUGAAUAAUUUGUAAUUCCCAUUAGCUGGGCUUAAGACACAACUUAUACCCCUCCACAUGCACACCUGCCCCAAACCAGCCUACCUUUCUGUUUUUGAUAAUCAACACUACCUGGGAGUUCUGUUCUCAAGACCUAUUAGUGGUUAAAAUCAAGGCAAGAUUUAUUUUUGUAAUUGACUGAGUUUUAUGUUAAUGUUUUCCUCUGUUUUGUUUUCCAAGCAUUGUCUAUAAGAGAAUUUAUUACUGUAAGUAGGUAUUCAAGUAGUUUCUUCUAAUAUAUGUUUAGAUACAUUGCAGCAUUGUCCUUGUUAUCUUUGAUUUAGUUAGGCCAUUUCCUUUGUGUCUGGUCUCACCUGUUGCACGGGAAGAGGAAAGCACCAAAUGAUCUGCAUGUACUAGGACUCAUGUAUCCAGAAGCGCUGCUGUGUAUUAUUUGAUAUACAUAUGGAAAGCUUGUCUGUAUUGUACAAUUUAUGUUUCUUAUCAUUUGUUGUAUUCACAGAUACAACAUAUUAAAUAAAACACUCAUAUGAAGGCACAUGAAAACCAUAACUUUAUGUAACAAAAUGACAUUGUAUCACUCCAAAUACAGAAAACUCUCAUGUAAAUAAGUUGAUAAGCUCAAUUUUCCCCUUUACCAUGCCAAAGAAAAUUUUAGUUCCUUGAUGAUACCUCUCUUACUAUUUUCUGGAAUAAGGUCAUCAUUCAUUCCCUCAUAAAUUAAGUUUGCUAUUAUUAGAUGCAAUCUGUUGUCAUUGAUGUUCUGUAUAGUAAAUCUGAUGGAACACAUUUGUAUUUAUAGAUUGUGUGUUUUAUAUUUCCCUGUAUGUAUGUCCAUUGUACCAAGUCUCUAGGAGACAAAUUCUUUCUGCAUGCAUAUCUGGUGGGGAAGAUUAGUUCUACCACCCUGUUAUAGUAGCUGAUUGCUUUGCUUAUCCAUCAGCAGUGCUCAAAGUCAGUCCUUUGCAUAAUUCUUUUUGUUCUCAAUAAGUUUAUUUCCUAAGAUUUCUUACUACUUUCCUUGGAAAUAAUUAUGAAAGACACACAGUCUGACCUGUGUAAAGAGUAAAAGGGAAUUGAGCACACUUUCCUUAUGUAUUCUGAAGAAUUUGGAUUCUGGAUUUACGCGUUUGCUUGUCCUGGGUGCUUUAGGGUGAGGACUAGAUGUACAGCGGACAUCACAACUUUUUCUCUAUCUUUCUAAUUGUUGGCAUCCUAGAAAUUAAGCAGAAUGUACCAUAUCUAACUACUUAAUUAAUGAUUCAACUACUAAAUAAUCUUUUUCCCCCCUAGAA